UCUCUCAGUGUAAUAAUUGAUACCCUGUUUUGGCUCUGCUUCUUUAUUGCUUCUCCGGCUUUGAACAAAAGAAAAGAAAACAAACGCACGUAUACGAUUACCAAGAAGAAUGAUAACCUGCAUUUCCGUUUCUUGAUUUCUGUAGCGGGAACUACACCUGUGGCAGUGUAUUUGAGUAACAGAGAACCGCCCAAGCAUAUGCUCCUGCGGUUAAGAUGUCUCGUGAAGUGUGAGCAUAUUUGACAUGAUGGCAUCUAAUGUGCGACCAAGUAGGAAGGACUUAAAAUCUGCUACGAAUAUGAGAUUUAGUUCAGAGUACAAAGGGAACUCAAAACAGCUGCGAAACUCAAAGGCUGGAAAGGAGAGGGUUCUUUCACACGAUGAACAUCAGGUUUUGAAGUCCCAAGGCAAGUUAAAGGUAAAACGUUCUGUCAGUCCACCAAAUACUGAUGUGCAUCAUGAUCAAAGACGGGUAGCAGAAGGCAAAAUCUUGGUCCAACCAAAUUCUUUGGGGAAUCAGCUAAGGCAGUAUGUGAAAGGAAAGGCAACAGAAGAUGAUGAACUUGUCAAACACAUGUCCAAUUUGCCAGUUUAUCUCCAGCGCAUGGAGGGAGGAGAGAACCUUCAAGAUAAAGCAUUCAAUGUCGGGGUUUUGGAUUGGGCACGUUUAGAGAAUUGGAAGUAUACCCAAAAGAGUAGCCAGACAAGUGGACACAAUAAUGUAUCAUCUACAAGCAGUAUAUCAUUGAGAACAACUAUCAAGUCAUCUACCUUUUCUAGUGCAGCGCAACAGGGAACACAUGCUCAUCAAAGUGAGCAAAAUCAAAGUUUCAACCCAUCUCAAAAGGAUGGCUUUCCUCGAGGUGCGAAACCAUCUAGCCAGAAGGUUUUACGCUUUCAAGAUUUAGAGACUUCUCCAAAGGGCAACUUGGGUGGCAAUAGAAAGAUAACACGGGCUAGUAAGUCUUCUGCCAGCAAUAAUGCAGAUGUAACUCUCAGAAAGGGAAAGACAAGAUAUUCAGACCAGAAGAUCAGAUCAGAAAUGGAAAAUUCGUCAACAAACUUGACCAAUUAUGUGAAGAUUGCAGUCGGUCAGAAGGAAAAAGAGAGUACUCGGGAUGAUAAUGUCAAGAAGAGGGUAGAGGAGACAAAGGAAUUCAAUCCAAAUAGAAAAGUUUUGGAUAGAACUUAUGUGGUCUCACCCGGUUCAAAGGAAAAGUUAGGUGAUGGCUCUGAUGAAACUAAGAAGAGAACACGGAAGUCAAAAAGCUCCCUGAAGGAAUCCAGAGAACUGUUGGAUGAGAAUUUGCUUGAAGCAAGUCACAAUAGCCUUUCAGGCGGCUUUCCCCUGGAGGAUGUUUGCUCUGAUGAACUGGGUUCCGAUAUUCCACACUCCUGCCCGCUGCCUAAAGUUGAGACUAAAGUCGAGCCAAUCUUGACGGCACAUAGCCUUGCGAAUAGUCCACGCGUGGAGUUCUCAUCUGAUGCAUUUCAGACACCGUAUUCUAACAAGACUUCCAAUAUACUUUCUCAAGGGAAAGAAGCAGAACAGAACACCCUUGAGGAUAUGAAUGCAAACGUAGUCGAAAAUCUGAAGCUAUUGGACCAAGAAAUGGCAGCUACAAAAAGCCGAAAUCCAUCACCAAAUCGCCGGUUUAGCUUCAGCUUGAGUCGGAGUCGGAUUGGCAGAAGUUUCAGUUUAAAAGAGGGUUCAACUGUCCCACAAUUGAGCUCCCCAUAUGUUUCUGUCAAGUCUGGUCCAGUGAAGUCUGAGGAGGUUUCGUGUUUGGCUGAUUCAAACAGAGAGAGGAUAAAUGGUCCGAACAGAGCUAGAUCUAGCCCUUUAAGAAGGAUCCUAGACCCACUGCUGAGGUCCAAGGGCUCAAACCCAGUUCAUGCAGCUGAAACUGUUCAGCCGAAAGAAAGCUUAAGUUACAUCAGCCUUAGGCCAAUCAUUGGCUGUGAAUCUCUUCCAAAUGAGAAGCGUGAACCAUCAACAACUCAAGCUCUUCUUCAGCUUAUCAUAAAGAAUGGACUCCCUUUGUUUAGAUUUGUGGUCGACAAUAACAUCAAUUUUCUAGCUGCCUCCACGAAGAAUUUGGCAUGUGGGAAGGAUGAUUGUGAUGAAAAUUAUACAUUUUACUCUGUGACUGAAAUUAAGAGAAAGAGUAGUGGUUGGAUAAGUCAAGGAAGUAAAACGAAAAGUUGUGGGUAUGCCUAUAAUGUUGUUGGUCAGAUGAAGGUUUCCAACUCUCGUUUUAUAGAUUUGACAGGACAGAAAUUAAAAAGCGAAUCCAUAGUUAGAGAGUCUGUUUUGUCUGGUGUCGAACUAACACAUGAAAAUCAGGCAUCUCCGCAGUUCAUGCUUAGUAGAGAGCUUGCAGCUGUUGUUCUGAAAAUGCCGAGUGAACAGCAGAAAGAUACAGAUGUGAUUGAGAAAGGCCUUACAGAAUGUAUGUCAAGAGAUGGAUGUUCUGUAAACUUCGCAGACAAUGGCAACGGUAAUAGUACUACAGUCAUACUUCCAGCGGAUGUUCAUGGCCUACCCAAAGAAGGAGCGCCUUCACCAUUGAUUGAGAGAUGGAAAUCUGGUGGAUUAUGCGAUUGUGGGGGUUGGGAUGUUGGCUGCAAACUACGAAUACUCACUAAACACAAUCAAAACUGCAAAUUUCGCUGUUCAUCUAAUUGUUGCACAAAUUCUGAUCGUUUUGAACUUCAUCUUCAGGGAGGAACUCAACAGAGCAAACCCAUGUUGAGUUUGGUGCCAUUAAACAAAGAAAUCUACUCGGUUGAAUUUAAUUCAUCAGUCUCUCUGUUGCAAGCAUUCUUUGUUUGCAUCACAGUUUUGGGCUGUCAGAAAUCAUCCGAUAUCUCAGAAAUGAAUAGCCUGUGUGAAGCGAAAAGUUUCCCAGCGGAGUCAGUGGUGAAUGGAAAUGGGAUAAGGAGCAACCCCCAAAAUAUUUUCUCAGAAAAAAUUCCUGCCAAAUAUGCUCCAAAUCCACCCACCUCCCCUGUUGGAAGGGUAUAGAUAUAUACUCAAAUGCAAGUCAGUUCUUUUGCUUUCUAUUUCAUGUAUAGAUAUCAAAAAUGUUCAAAUAGCCAUAGACUUCCAACUUAAUUUCUAUAAAGAAUAUCUUGUAUUCAUGAUCAACCGUUGUGCAUAAUGCCAAAUACGGCGAAGAUUGUAAUACAAUGAGCAUUUUCGUACUCGUACAUACAUUUACUUUUUA